UGUGACUCAUGUUUACCUUCUUUCACUUCCGUCUUCCGUCUCCUCGCCUCAUGUGAAUGAGAGGCUGACAUUUGGCCCACAAGCUUCCAGUAACGAGUCUCUCACCUCAUCGCCGCCCUGAGGCAUCUUUCUGUGGGCCAUUGAACCGCUGAAGGCCCGCUGGCAGUGAUGGCGGCCGGGGAACGCUCGCCCCUUCUGUCCGAGCACUUCGACGGGACAAACGCUUUGGCGCCCUAUGCGAGUUCGGUGUUGCUGGAUGAGCCCCCGCCCCCCUACUCUCCUCAGGGCGUUCCUCUCAUCAGCUGCCGCGUUUGUCAGGGGGCCAUUUCUGUGGAAGGCAAGACGCACCAGCAUGUUGUCAAGUGCAGUAUCUGCAACGAAGCAACACCUAUCAAGAACCCCCCCGCUGGGAAGAAGUAUGUUCGCUGUCCAUGCAACUGUCUGCUUGUCUGCAAAGUCACGUCUCAGAGGAUUGCGUGUCCACGACCUUACUGUAAACGAGUCAUCAACCUGGGCCCAGUUCACAUAGACAGGGAUAGUCCUGAACCGCAGCACCAGCCUGUCGGCAUCCGAGUCAUCUGCGGGCACUGCUCCAGUCCAUUCCUGUGGACAGAAUUUUCAGACCGGACUUUGUCCAGAUGUCCGCACUGCCGGAAAGUCUCCUCCGUUGGUUGGCGGUACCCUAGGAGGAGAAGCCUGCUGUGCCUCCUGGUCUUUGUUGUGGUCGCUGCCGCCACUGCCGGACUGAUGGUCGGAACGUGGCAGCCUGCUCGGGACUCCAGAGGGAUCUAUGCCACUUGGGUUCUGCUCAUCCUCAUCGCCGUGUUCGCCCUUGCCAGGACCAUCUACUGGAGGUGUCUGAAAAUUAGCCUGCCCGUUUCCAACAUGACUUAGGAGCACAGAUCAACUUUUUAAAUGUGUUUAUAUAUUAAUAUUCAAUGUGAGUUGUUGGACACAAAUCCAAUGUGACCUAGGUGAUGAUCCUUUUCAAACAAAAGAGCACAAAGAUAGAGUUUGUAAAUUAAAGAUUUUAAAACCAAUCCAGUGUAAGUCUAUACUGUAUAUGCGAGGUUGUCUGAACAAAACAUCCACAUCUUAGCUUUGUGUUAUAAAUGACAAAACAAAUUACUGUAAUAGCUAAUAAUAGUUCUCAUUAUUUUUGGACACCUGGUUUAUAAAGUGAUUGCUGCCCUCUUGUGACUGAAACAUGUUUGUACUACUAGUGUUUAUUUGUACAUUGUCAAAUGAAAUAAUACUUUGAACACAAACGAGUGUCAUUGGCAAUAUUUGGACAUGUCUGUUACCAGGCUGAUGUUUUCAGCCUUUUAGGAUCUUCAUGUGACGUCCUGUGAUUUACUCUAAAAAUGUCAUGACAGCAAACCCUCGACUAAUUUAUAAAGGCAGUUUCUGUAAAAAAAAAAAAACAAAAAAAACUUAAAGGAUGCCUGAAUCCUUAAAUUCUGUUCAGAAAAAUGUGAAUUGUUGGAAUGUGGAAAAUGGUUAGUGCGAAUUUCCUGAAUGAGCUGAAUGUUGUUGGAAUUUUGGAGAAAUUUGUAAGAGUAAAAUGUUCAUAAGUUGUCCU